GGGCUGAACCAACAGCCACACUUCAUUUCAGUCCCGGCUGCCGCCCAGACUGAAAAUAAAGGACUUUAAUAUCCGUGCUGAACAUUGAAUACUGUGCUGCUUAACUUGUGGUUGUUGAGGCUGUUGUUGAAAGGGCAGGAGCACUCGCUUAAUCGUCACCGUGUUGAGUACUGAAGAACAGCAGUGCUCGUACACCCGCUCUAAAAUGGCGGAGAAGUGUGAACCGGACCCAGGAUGCUCCGGCUCCCCUGACUGCUGGGAGUGCUCCUGUGCCUUCUGUGUGUUAUAUCUGGCAGUACAGAAACUCCUUGUGUUUAAUUUUGGUCGUGCUUUCACAUUCAUUCAAAAAAACCGAGUUUUGAGGCUGUGCUUUCACAUUCAUCUCGAAAAUACACGUUUAUGAGGACAUACUGCUGCUGAAGUCCAGCUGAAGACCUGGAAUGUAAACAGUUUGUGCAUAGAACAUAAUAAAGAAGCACAUUUAGUAUUUUUGUUGGUAUUUGUCUUCUCCUGGAGUUGGAAGAGCAAGGACAGGUUGAAGUAUGGUGUAUGAAGGUCUGUUGAAGUACAGUGGGGUACUUGAAGGUAGGGACCUUCAAGGUCCGAUGAAGUACGGUGUAUGUCUUGCACAAGCAGGCCAGGAUGGGGAUGCUUGAGAAGGAAUGUAUAGAAGUGUAUAAGCAGGAAGAGUGUACUGCUCUUGUGGUAGUUCAUACUUGAAUUUCAGGAAGCUGAAUUGUCUUCUGUUGGGACAAUUUCAUGGAAGAUUUAAGUUGAUAUUACAGAAUGUAGAGAACACCAAUGCAUCCCUUGAAGGUAGGGACCUUAUUCAGCAUCCCAGAUGAAGUAAUGGGGCCAAACAGUCCUUGGCAAUGUUUACUUGGAAGCACUGAUGGUAGAAGUGGGAACCAGCAUGAUCUUGCUCGCCAAAAGAACCUGAAAAAAACUCAGGAGAUCCACAUAGGCAAAAGGAAAGAAGAUAGCUUGUCUGCUUCUCAGAGGAAACAGAGGGACUCUGAAAUCAUGCAGCAAAAGCAAAAAGCAGCUAAUGAAAGGAAGUCUCUGCAGGCAGGAGCAAAAUGAGCUGCUGCUAUGGAGAAGAUAAGAGUGCACCAAUGAAGCAGAAGGACCUAGAAGAUCAUUCAUAAAAGUGUCUGGCCAUUAAAUGAUUAAACGUUUAUUGUGCAGAGUUGUUUAACUAGCAUUAGUUAGAGUAUUUUCUGGUUAGUAUAGGCCUAGUUAUCUACAGUGCUCUUUCAAAACUGACUACACUCUUCUGCAUGUCUAUGAAUAAAAGUACCUAUUCUAGCUAGAUAAAGGUACUAGAUAAGGUACUAGAAUAGUACCUUAUUCUAGCUUUUGCUGCAUUUGUUAGUUUUACUUAAUGGUUCCAGUAACAGAAUUUCUGAAUCUACAGUUAGACCAGAUUUGGUUGCCUGAAUUCUUAAAAGUACAGCUCCAUUCAGAAUGGAACACACUUGUAAAAUGUGCUUCACCUUGCGGAGGUCUGAACUGUAAAUCUCAAAAUAUUUUUACAAUAAAAUAUUGCAUGAAAUACUG